UCGUAGGGCACAGGCGGUCAAGGCGAGAGGACGGGGUGUCCAGGGCCCGCCCAGGGCCCGCCCCGCCCCUCUCCCCCAGGGGGCGCCACAUCGCCUAAGCGGCAGGAAGGAGGUGCAGCAGAGGAGGCCACGGUCGCCAGGAGCGGGAUGCUCCUGUUGCUCACGGCCUUGCUGCUGUCGCGGGUGGGACCUGAGAAGACCAGUGAGCUCAAGGGCGCUGCUGGGCCCAUCUGGGGGUGGGAUAGGGGCGUAGAGAUCCUGGGUUGCUCACUAUGUCACCUUUCUGCAGCACCAGCGGACGCGGAUGCAGCCAAAAGUCCCGGGACCACCAGGCUGCUCUCCACUACUUACUAGCCAGGGGGCGGGCAUGUGCGGACCACGCAGGGACCGUCUCAGACGCCUGGGCCCUCUGCGACGUGAUCCUGGGGCUGGCGCAGGGCAGGUUCCCUGAUGCUUCUAAAUGGACUGUCCAGCUGGGUGAGCUCACUCUCUACCCGUACAGGGUGACGGACAUCUUUGUACAUCCCGGAGCCAAAAGGCAUUCCCAUGACAUUGCCCUGCUGAGGCUGGCCUCCCCUGUCACCUACACCAAGUACAUCCAACCAGUCUGUGUGGAGGCCUCCUCCUCCUUCUCCUCCUCCUCCUCCUCCUCCUCCUUGUUCCUGCACCAGCCUGACUGCUGGGUGACCGGCUGGGGGCCACUCCGUGAGAAUCUGACAUCUCUGCCACCUCCCUACCACCUCCAAGAAGUGCAGGUCACCAUCCUGAACAACACCAGGUGCAACUACCUGUUCAGACAGCCCACUGUACUCAGUAGAAUCAAAGGGUCCAUGUUUUGUGCCAGUGCUGAGGAUGGCAGUGCAGAUUCCUGCAAAGGAGACUCAGGAGGACCCUUGGUUUGCGACCUGGAUGGGGUGUGGUAUCAGAUUGGAAUCGUGAGCUGGGGAGUGGGCUGCGGUCGCCCCAAUCGGCCUGGAGUCUACACCAACAUCAGCCAGCACAUCCACUGGAUCCAGCAGAUCAUGGCCCACAGUGGCUCACCCAAGCUAGACCUCUCCCCACUGCUGUUGCUCUUCACUGUGCCCUGGACUCCCCAGUUUGUGGGCCCCACCUGAGCUCACCUGUCCUGGGGAGCUGCAGCUGGGAUCACAGCAUUUGCAGCGCCCUCUACCCGGUGGAUGCUCAUGUUUGGGUGGGGACAGACUUCUGUCCAGGCUUCUGUCCCCUUCUGUCCUAUUUGCUAAUAAACUUGUGUACUUAUCUGAAUUCUCAUCACAGAGCUUUAUGGGGACCCUUUGGUUUCCUUGAUGACUUUGUUCAACUGUGAUGCAUCCAGCCUGGGCCCCAUCCCAGCUCCUAACCUUGUCCAGGUUUGGGUUGUAAAUGGCAAGACCUGCUGUGAUUAGUUCAAUCCAAAAAAUGAUUUCUAGAAGGGUGGCUGUGGCCUUGGGGUGUCUGGGACCUGGGCAGACUUGGAGUACAGGUGCUGGGGAGCAUUCCAGUGUGCCCCCUCACCAGGAAGCAUGAGUAGGGAAGGGUGUUGUUUAAAAAAAAAAGAGCCAGGCAUGAUGGCACACAUUUCUUAUUCCAGCA